UCACCUUCCUCCUCCUCAGCCUCUGUGCCCCAGGUAGGUGCUUCAAGGUCAUAGUGUUCGGGGCACCCUUUGCCAGAUCCUGGGUAGAUGGCUGAGAGGAAGGGGAGAAGGGAGAGGCUCUCCUCGGUUGCCCCCACAUUCCUGGGGCUGACCCUAGGAUGGGCAGAGGGAUCGGCAGCUGCCUGGCUGGGUUGAGGCAGGGAGGGGGCAUCACAAGAGCGUGCUCAGGGCAUUGCCCAGGUAUCCUCAGUGUGUCCUCAGCACUGCCAGGAUGUUACUGGGGCUUCUUUUGAGCAUCACUGUGGCAUAUCCAGACACCACUGGGGUUUCAUCAGAGCAUCUCACAGAGGGAAUUUUGUGGCUUUCCCAGGGCAUUGCCAGGGCACACCUGGCAGGCUGGGGUGACACCUUCCUCUUUGCAGGGACCGUCGUCAGAGCAACAGUCCUGCCUGACCUGCCACGUGUGGUGGCCCUGAGUGAGGACACAGUGCCAGGCAGCCGUGUUGCUGAGGUGACCGUGUCCUGCAGCAACUCAAGCAGCAGUCCCAAUGUCACCCUGGAUAGCAUCGAGCCCAGCCACCCCUUCAACUCCAUUGCCAUCAGCUCUGACCCCACAGAUGCCACCACGUUCCGGGCUGAGGUGACACUGCGUGCUGGUGCAGAGCUUGAUGCCCGCCAGGUGAACCAGUACACGCUGAUCCUGCGGGCUGCUUGUCCUGGUGAGGGUGAGGUGGAAGAGCGGCUCUUUGUCCAGGUGACAGCAGGGCAUGUGUUGCGCUGUGAUUCCCCAUUUGCCAGUGCAGAGGGUGAUGUGGUGCAGGUGCUGGCAGAUGUGGCGCCCAGGACACCCCUGUACGCGGUGCUGCCGCAGCCGCUUGGUGGGCUGACGUUCAGGCUCCGAAACCGCAACACACCACUCACGCUCACCCGCCGGGGCCUGGUGCUGGCACCUGACAAUGGUUUUGACCCCAGCAAGGACACCCAGACAUUCAGGUUGGAGAUUGAGGUGAUGGAUCAUCAUGGGCACAACUGCAGUGGGGCUGUAAGGGUGGAGGUGCUGCCAUCACACCAUCCCCGUGUCACCUUCCCUGAGCCACACCGGGCUGUGUUGGUGACAGAAGGCAUUGGCCCCCGGGAGGUGGUCACACAGGUCCAUGCCAGAGGUGACAAUGUCCGCUAUGCUAUCCUUGCUCCUGUGGCUCCCACGCUCUUCACCAUUGAUGAGGUGACAGGCGAGAUCCGCAGCACCCGUCGGCUGCAGGUGACCCGUGCCCACCUCCUCAUCCGGGCUUACAACGCGCUGCACCCCAACGACCAUGCCACCGCCACAGUCAACGUCACCGUACAAGGGACAAACCGCCAGGCACCAAGAUGUGUCCCAGCCAUCUUCGUGUCCCAGGUUCCUGAAACAGUGUCCCCUGGCAGCACCUUGGUGACACUGAGGUGCACCGACUCCACCAGCACUGAUGGGUGCCUGCACUAUGCUCUCGAGGGGCCUCCCUCCUCCCGCUCCCACUUCUGCAUGGAGGGGCCACAGCUGAAGGUCAACACCAGCCUGGACUAUGACUCGGAGACCAUGGCUGCUCUGGGCUUCCAGUUCACAGCCACCAUUGUGGUGACAGUGGGAGGGCAGCCCCUACAGAGCACCCGUGUGCCUGUGCUUGUGACGGUGACACCUGUCAACGAAUUCAGACCGGCAUGUCCCAGCGGUGCCACCUUCACCGUGCCAGAGACAGCAGCUUUCAACAGUGUCGUGGGGCGUGUGGCUGGCACUGACCGUGACUAUCCCCUGGACAGCCUCGAGUACAGCCUGGAGGGGGGCUCUGGCCCUGCACAGCCCUUCUCCAUCAACAGGCGCACUGGCGAGAUCCGCGUGGUGGGACCCCUGGACUCCCAGCAGCAGAAGAGCUACAGGCUGGUGGUGAAGCUGACGGACACCCACAAUGACCUGGACCCAAGGAAGAGGCAGAGCCGUGUGUGCGAUGUGUCUGUGCGCCUGCAGGCUGUACCGGACCAGCUGCCGGUGUGCGUCCCCGAGGUGCAGGAGCUGCGGAUCACGGCUGGGUCCCCGGGCAGCCGCCAGCCUGUCACCCGCCUGGCGUGCCACAGCAGCCCCGACAGCGCUGUGCUGACUUACACCAUUGUUGGAGGCAAUGAAGACGGGCGCUUUCGGCUGGAAGGGAACACCCUUAUCUACCUCCCCAUUGACCGAGCCUCACCUCACCCAUUUGUCCUGCUGGUGGAGGUGUGGGCUGGCUCUGGUGCCCGCCGCCGCAGCAGCGUGGUGGCACUGGUGGUGCACGUCACCCCCCGGAGCACUCCGGUGCCACCCAGCACCACCACCCAGCACACGACGCUGCAGAAGGAGCCGCUGGUUGUGUUGCAGACAGAGGCAGUGUGGCACCCGCCAGCCUGGUUUGUGGCCGUACUGACCAUCUCUGGUGCCCUGCUGCUGGCCACCCUGGGCUGCAUAGGCCGGAACCUGCUGUGCAGCAACUGGGCUCCUGGCAAGCUGUUCCUGGCCCAGAGCUCCUGGGAUGUGAUGGAGCACAGCAGGGGCAAGGAGGAACAGGGACACCAACAUGCCAGCAGCCCAGGGCAGUUUGAUGGCCAUGCUCAGGACCCAUGCAGCGGCAGAGACUAUCUCUUCCAUAGCGUGACCGGGGCUCGGCGCUGGAUCUGAAGGGCUUGCCUCGAUGAGGGGCCCCUUGUGACCCACAGCUCCAUGUGGGCAGCGCUGGGCAGAGCACCAGGCACUGGCAGACAGCUGGUGUGGCCCCCGAGGAGGAGACCCGUCCUUUGUGGCCAAACCGGCCGCACAUGGGGUGCAUGACACUGGGUGCCUCAAACCCUGAGCCACCUCAGCCAGUAUAGAUCUAAUAAAUGGUGUCAGAGAUUGCA